AUGGGUGCUCGUGUCGGCCUGCUCAACUGUGUUCAUCAACGAGCUGCGAAGGAAAGCGUGCGGGGGCUGUAUCUCAUUGGAGGAUCAUUUGGACUCCGUGAAUUUACCCAGAUAAGAUAUGAUGUUCACAAACUACAUGGCAAGAUUGAUCCAGCUUUGAAAGAAAAAUUAAAACAGAACACUGUGACACUGGAAUCUGAAUAUGAGAAGCUGGAAAAAUCGAACUUGGAUAACUGGGAGAACAUCAGAGGACCCAGACCAUGGGAAGAUUCCAGGACGGUUCAGAAACAACGGCAGGAGGCUCUCCGUCUCAAGACAGAGUGACUGAGCAAGCCUCCUUUGGUACCUCUGAAAAAAAAAAAGUCUCAGGCUGGACUGUCUUAAUUUUUAAUCCAGUGUCAGGAACAGACAUGGGAGCAUUUGCACUGAACAAUUCAGCUGGUGUAUAUAUAAGUAACUGUGAGAUCAGUCCAAAAGGCACUGUAUUAUAUGAAGCUCUUUGUUUGCAUCCAUUUGUGUAGAGUACCAGAGGCUGUACAUGUGAAUUUUCAAUUAAAAAAAGCUGAUUAUUCUACUGAGAAUAUCCCAUUGUUUUUGAGUCUCUAACAUUUGAAACUGCUUCAGCAAGGAAUAACAUUUCAAAAGUCACUUGUCAGUACCAGAAGUUGUCAUCCUAAUGAGUGCAAGAGUGCUGUCAUCUAGAUGUGUGUGACCAGAUAAGUGCUGCUUCAGGGAGCCCCUGCAUGACUUAGCUUGGAAGGAACUCCACAGGCAUAUGAGCUGUUCAGAACAAUGAGUCCAGUUUUGGCUAAAUAAUACUCUUGUGUUUCAUUUCUAGGGACUGCAUAGAGACAUGUACUGUCAGCUGACAAUUGGUCAAAUAACAUUUGUUUAGCUGUGGUUAAAUUUCUGUGGUUGGUUUAUCAAUACUUUCAUGCAGGCCGGACCUCUGCACUGGAACCUCUCAGUUUAAACUGGAAGAACUCUCCCUUGCAAAGAGCUGUGUUGCUUCCCUGUGAGUAAAUAUUGUAGCAGAAUCUUCUUGAAUCACUACAUAGUGGCAAAGCUCAUCUUACAUGUAUUAUUACAUGUAUAUUUGUAUAUGUGCAUAGAAAUUUUGAUGUUCCAAUCAAUUAUUCUGAAAUGCUUUUCUUCUUA